AAGGUCGGAAGCAGGAGGGCCCAGAACGUGAGGGAGUCCAGAAGCUGAAGGUCACUGCGGGAUCUCUGCCAACCUGGCCAUGAACCUGGAGCCACCCAAGGCCGAGAUCCGCUCGGCCACCAGGGUGAUGGGGGGACCCGUCACUCCCAGGAAAGGGCCUCCAAAAUUUAAGCAGCGGCAAACCAGGCAGUUCAAGAGCAAGCCCCCCAAGAAAGGUGUCCAAGGGUUUGGUGAUGACAUCCCUGGAAUGGAAGGUCUGGGAACAGACAUCACCGUCAUCUGCCCAUGGGAGGCCUUCAACCACCUGGAGCUGCACGAGCUGGCCCAAUACGGCAUCAUCUAGCCCUGGACCCCCACCCUCAGCCCCUCCACUCCGCUGCCUGCUCUGACCCCCUGCUUAAGAUUCCUUUGAGGAGGGCUGGCCCCCUGGGAGGUCCAGAGUGUCUGGAUUGUGUCUGGAGACCCUCACAGGGCGGCAGCCUCGAGCCUCCUGGAUGCUAGUUCCCAGGAGCCCACCACCUCCCUUCAGGACACCCUCUCGGGGCAGCCGGGCCCUGCUUAACUUCCGGAAACACUGGUCCACAGAUCCUCUCCUCCCCAGGCUGGAAAGCUAGGGCAGGCCUCCCAGUGGUGUCUGCCACAUCCCACCUCCUGCCACCUCCCACCACCACCCCCGCCCGUCUGCGGGUGAGGACGGGCUUCCCUCACUAGCCUUUCCCAGUUGAGGCCGUUGGGCCGGCAGGUGGAUGGCAGGAGUCCUGCAGGCGUCAGAGAAGGAGAACCCUCUGGACCAGUCACACCAGUAGGAAGCUUCUCCUUUCCAACGUGGCCCAUGCUUGC